AUGACCACAUACGUCCCCAAGACUGUGCGCGACGACGUCUACCGCUUCUUCUUCACUGAGGGAGUGGUCUCUUGCAAGAAGGACCCCCUCGGGACGUGGACCGGCACACUUGGCGGGAAGGCCUUCCGAGUGCCCGCACUUCAGGUCAUGCAGCUCAUGCGCUCCAUGAAGAGCCGCGGCCUCAUUAAGGAGCAGUUCGCCUGGCGCCAGUUCUACUGGUUCCUCAACGACGAGGGUGUGGAGUACCUCCGCAAGUACCUCUUCCUCGCCCCAGACGCCGUGCCCAACACACACAAGGCGGAGUUCAAGACACUGGAGCGCGAUGGCGUUCGUGGACGUGGCCGCGGUGAGGGCCGUGGACGUGGACGCGGUCGUGGCGAAGGCCGUGGCCGUGGACGUGGUGAGGGCCGUGGACGUGGACGUGGCUUCCAGGGUGAACGCGACAACUACCGCGCAAACGCCGCUGCCGCCGUUGAGGGUGAUGUCGCCGCUCCUGUUGCUGCUCAGUAA